AUGGAAGGAGAUAUUCGGUCUGAAGUUGUCAUCUUAUGUUGUUUUCUUUCAUCUGGCAAGUUUGAACCUAGGGUGGUGCUUGUUGGGUCAUUCUCCAUUUAUCCACGGACAAGACGGAGCUCGACCUCAACCUCUAGCAGGCGGACCACAGCUGACGAUGGAGACACCGACGAACGCAGGGCUAAGGCGCAGCGAAUCUCCCUACCUGAGGUACCCAACUGCUCGUUGUUCGAUGUGUUGAGAACAGCGCCGUCGAGCAUUGUUCGAAUGUUGACAUCCAGAGAAGCAUGCAAACUGCUGAUCAGUUGCUCUCGUGGUGUCGCCCAAGACGUGCGUGACGCUAUUGCCAGUGAUGCAUUCCCGCUCUACUACGAAGCUAGUGAUGUGCACCUGGGUAAGAACCUGCGCGUUAAGUGCUUUGGCGAUUGGCAUCAACUGGUGCCAGCUCAUAUCGCAACGAAUCACUUCGAUUGCACGUGCCCAACGUACGACGACCAGUACAGAACUUUGGUGAACUCGAGCACGUGGUCACUGCCUCGGUCGCCCAGGGCUCGCACGCACUUGCUCGAAGCUGUGCACCUCGUGUACCAAGGCAUUCGGCGGCAUUGUUUCCAGUAUAUGCAGCUUCCGACAACAACGAUGCGUAGAAUGCCGAGCUGGUGGGGUUGGUUUGUUCCUAUUGGUGUCUUGCAGCCGGUUGCGUUUUCGCUGGUCACCGCUAUGGAGGUGGAUCGCCAGAAUGACGGCGAAGUUUUGACAAAUGAUGAUGUCGAGAGUAUUGACACAGACAAUGUCGACGAAUUGGCGCGGUUGGUGAAUAUUGUGGAGCCGGAGCUUGGCUUUCGCUUUUUCAGCACGAGGAGUGACGCACGUGAGGCUGCCAACGUUGUGGAAGCUCACUGGAGGGGGAUUGAAGUGGAUGCGGUGACCAGUGCAACUGUAUGUCGGUACUGUGAGAACUACGAAAAGAGUUUUCUAUGUACGCGAACUUUGAACUACCUAAAGACAGACAUGUUUACGGCUCAUUGCGCUGAUGUGUAUCAGCCAUUGAAGAAGUUCAUGCUGCGGUACUUGAAACACGUGCGUUACGUGCGGUCCCCUCGCGGUUGGAAUGAAGACGACGAAGAGAUUUACGGCUUUAAGCGCCCAUUCAGAGAUCUCAUCGCAGGGUUCACUCCUACAGGAGUUGUCGUCGGAGUGCACUUGGUAGUCCCGGAUAUUCCAAAUGAUCGUGAUUGA